UUUAAAUUUAAUGCAAUCGCGUAAUUAAUUAUACCUAAAUGUUAUAAAUUAAAAAUUUUCCUAUUGAAACAAUACAUCAUACAAAUCGGAAAAUGAUUAAAGCAGUGUUGAUUGAUUUAAGUGGCACUUUACAUGUUGGAGAUGCAGCAAUUGUUGGGGCUCAAGCAGCUUUAAAAAAAUUACGUGAAACUGGAGUACUUAUUCGAUUUGUUACAAACACAACGAAGGAGAGUCGAAACAUCUUAUUUAAUCGGUUAACAAAAUUGGGAUUCGAACUUCAAAAAGAGGAAAUGCAUAGUUCAUUAAUAGCAGCCAAAUCUGUGAUUGAAUCCAAUAAUUUAAAGCCCUUUUAUUUACUUGAAAAUGAAGCAAUGGAAGACUUUAAAGAUUUAAUACCUGCUAAUCCAAAUGACAUUAAUGCUGUUGUCGUAGGACUGGCGCCUAGCCAAUUCCAUUACGAUAAAAUGAAUGAAGCUUUUAGAUAUUUGCUAAAUGGUGCAAAAUUAAUUGCUAUCCACGAGGGAAAAUAUUACAAAACUGAAGAUGGUUUAUUAUCUCUAGGACCGGGAUGUUUUGUUAAAGGUCUUGAAUAUUCAGCUCAAUGUAAAGCUGAGGUAGUUGGAAAACCAAAACCCAACAUCUUCAGGUCAGCACUACUUGAUAUUAAGCCUCAAGAUGCAAUUAUGAUUGGAGAUGAUGUUAAAGAUGAUAUUAAAGGUGCAAUGGAUGCUGGCUUACAAGGUUUCUUAGUUCAAACUGGUAAAUAUCGAGCAGGGGAUGAAAAUACCAUUACACCUAAGCCAACAGCUGUAUGUAAAAGUUUUGUGGAAGCUGUAGAAUUAAUAAUUUCUGAAAUAAAUCAGAAAAAUUGUAGUUAAUAAAAUGAAUGUGAUAUUUUAUAUU